CCGGCGCCCGCGCACGAUCCAAAAAUACCCGGCCAUCCCGACCCGCGGCGUGCCCUCAGCGCAACCGUUUUAAAAACAAAACAAUUCCGACAACCAACUGUUUUUAUUCCAAAUUCGAACACGCUCUUUUGUUUUCUAGUUCUUUUUUCAAAGUGCUGUGCCAGUGGUCUGAUGAGGGGCAUGUCUCCCACUGCGCUGGGGGCCGAUUUGCCCCAGUGGUGCGGCAAGGCUGAAACCUGCCCCCAAGCCCUGCUCGGAUGGCUGUAUUUGACACACGACCAGAAUGAUCAGUGGCUUCCUGGCUCAGUAUGGGGCCCGUUACCCACCGCAGCGACAUCCACCCAAGCACCUUCAGACGACACCAGUUCUUUGGCAGAGCAGUUGGCAGCACUGUCGCUGAGACGUCCGCCGCGGCCGCCCCCGCCGGCGUAUAUGUGUCACCUUUGCUUUAAUAAGGGGCAUUACAUCGGAGACUGUCCUCAGGCGCGUCCCAAAGGCGAAGGUCUCACUCCAUACCAGGGCAAGAAGCGUUGCUUCGGAGAGUACAAGUGCCCGAAGUGCAAGCGCAAAUGGAUGUCCGGCAACUCCUGGGCUAACAACGGGCAGGAAUGCAUCAAGUGCAGGAUUAAUGUCUUUCCACACAAGCAGAGACCACUUGAGAAGCCAGACGGUCUGGACGUGAGUGACCAGUCCAAGAUCCACCCACAGCAUCUCUGCCAGAAAUGCCGUUCGCUUGGAUACUACUGCCGCCGCGAAUACUAAGUAACUUGAGGAUACACCAUCCCUUGGAGUAUACCAGCGGGCCUAGCAUGCUAGUUUGAUCUUAUCACGUCUGUACAUCCUUUUUGCACCAUCUGUAAGUGGGAAAAGGACGCACCGAUGACAUAGCCUAUGUACACUAGAUGCU